AUGUCGCUAUUGAGGCUGAGAUCCCUUGUGCGACCUCGGGGAGUUGUAUCUCUUACAUCGUACCGAUUGUAUUCGGCUCUUCCCACAACCUGCCCAUCGUGCAAUAGACCUCUCCCGACUCGACUUCCUAUCUGUCCCGCUUGCUCACACAUUGCACCUCUCCCGUCUUCAACGAAUUACUACUCCCUGUUUGAUCUUCCCGAAAAUACGUACAAGGUAGACACAAAAGACCUCAGAAACCGAUUUCUCAAAACACAGCGACUUACUCAUCCCGAUGCCUGGUCAGCCAAGCCGGAGAAAGAUAAAGCUGCGGCAGCGAAUUAUUCGUCGUUUGUGAACAAGGGGGCCGAGUACUUGCUUUCAUUACGCGGUGUCGAAAUGGGCGAGACGGACUCGCUGGAAGAUCAACAUUUCAUCAUAGAAAUCAUGGACUCUAGGGAAAACGUGGAAGUAGCCGAAACGAGGGAUGACCUCGAGAGCCUCUUGGAGGAUAAUAAUGCACAAGUACAAGAUGAGAUCAACACGAUCUCCAACGCAUUUGAUCGCGGGUAUCUCCAAACAGCUAAAGAAGCAAGCAUUAGGCUCAAGUAUAGAUUAGGGGUCCAAGACAGCAUAAAUGCGAGACUACACAAUAUGUGA